GAAGGGCAGUGGGCACAGGGAGCAGAAGAGGAUGGUCGGGGAUGCAGUGGUCCUCCUGCUAUUGUCCCACUGCUUGUCCUGCAUCCUAUCACAGAUCCCGGACCCUGAGCUUUUACCCACGGACCCCCCAAAGAAGCCAGACCCCGUCACAUCAGAGACUGUUGUAUUUUGGGGGCUGCGCUUAUGGCAGGUCAUCGGCAUCUUUGCUGUGUUUGUUUUAGCAGUUGUGAUUACCCUGUGUUGCAUUUUCAAAUGUCGAAUCCCAAGGACCAAGAAGGAAAUUGAAGCGCGUCAUGCACAACGACAGGCUGCCAAGAAAUAUGCCAACACUUUGGAGACGGUGCCACCUCUUAAUGAGCUGACAGAGGUGCCGGGAUCAGCCAAAGCAGACGACAAGAAGGAGGAAGAGGAGGAGGCCGUGGCCACCAUCUCAGGGAAAGUGGACGGCAAUCGAGGCGAGAGGAAAAACAAGGAGGCGAGGAGAGAAGGCAGCAAAGGUGCCAAAGCUGACGAGAGGCCGCAGAAGAAGGCGGCGGCCAACAAGGAAGGAGGCGGCGAAGGAAAAGGGAGGAAAACGGCAGAUAAGGCUGACAGAGGAACCAAAGGAGGCGGCAAGAAAGCUCCCAAGUGAUGUCAUAGAAACUAUACACCGGUACCUUGAUUUACAAAUGUCCAACUCCAAACACUUGUAUCUCCCAAUAAAUUACCUCACUCUCUCUCCCUCAAAAAUCACCAGAA